AUGGAGGGGCGGUGUUCAGGAAUCCGUAUCUUCGAUGGAAAUAAUGGAAGUUCUUGGGCCACACUCUUGAAAUUCAUCUUGCAUAGCUGGAGAGGGCUGUCACGCGCGGGGCGAGGCGGGGCUGCGGCCGGGGGGCACUCACCGCCGAGCCGGGUGUGGGUCCCCGUGCCCACCGCACCCGCGCGUACUCCCCUGGAAGGAAAAGGUGCUCGGGAAGGGCAGCCGCCGCAGGCUCCCCGAGAUCGCCGGGGGCUGUGCCAGGCCCGGCUCUUCCGGGCACCGAGUGCCCCACGGGACUGCCCCGGACUUGCCCAAGCCGCACUCGGCUCAGCGGCAGGGGGCAGCGGGGCUCCAGGGCACCGGGCACGGGCCGAGGCCAGCCGCCCGCCGAGCCCCGGGCCUCGCGCACCCGCGCUGCCGGGUCCCCGCAGGCCCGGGCCCCGUCGAUCCUCCAGGGUGGUGCUCCCUCCCGCUUCCCAGGUCCCCCGCGGCCCCUACCUUGCUCCCGGGCCGGGUGCGAGCGGCGGCGGGGGUCGGGGACGGCGGCCCGCGCUGCUCCCACGCUUCCGCCGGAGUCAGGAGUUGAACAUUCCGCCUCUCCGCGCGGCGCCAAUGAGGAAGACGUCGCGGCAACAGCACCACCUACCUCCAGGCGCGGAACCGCCGCCCGGCGCCCAGCCUCCCGGCACGCCCGGCCCGGCGCCCAGCGGGAAGGCCCGGGCGCGGGGUCACGGAGACCCCAGGGGCUGCAUGCCCCGCGCGGGACCUGAUGCGCUGGCUGGGAAGGGGACCCAAGAGGGGAGUCGACGUCUAUGGAGACAGGGUUGCAGGUGCCUCAGUUGGCACCAUCAACAGGGCAUUGCUUUAUAAUGGAGCACGUGGCUUACAAGCCUUAAGACUGUAAGCCACAUUCUUCCCCCGACCCCGUCCCCCAUUCAUUUUCGUGGUGAUUUGGAGAGUUCCCUACAAAUGGAAACAGGAUAAAUGGAAAUUGGAAAUGAGAGGCAUGUUUCAGAAAGAGGCCACAGAAAUUGGUGACCCAUUCGAUUGGCAAAGAAGAAAGCGGUGAUGCCAGGAUUUGAGACCUGGGUGACUGGAAGAAUGAUGGUGUCAUUGACAGAAAUAGAAAUCUGUGGAGAGGAAACUGGCUUCCUGAUGAGUUUUGAAGUCAUGAGAGGAAAAACAGGCUCAGAGAGUAACCAACAGGAACAAUAAACUCUACACAAUAGUUUCGAAACCAUACUUGAAGGAACAUCUCAGACAUCCCCCUGUCUUCCUGUUUAUGUUGCAAGUUCCUCGAGGCCACACCUUAUAUCCUAUUGAGCUGACCGUGACUGCAAUAAAAGCACAAUGAUUCUGUGAUAAA